AUGAGUGACCAAUCAACUGUCAAAACCAGCAAACUACUGAGCCUUGUGCUGCGGCAUCGGCCCGAAGCGAUCGGAAUCGAAGUCGAUCCGCACGGUUGGGCAAGCGUCGAGGAGAUCAUCGCUGGUGCGCGCCGCCAGGGGACGUCGAUCGACCGGGAGUCGAUCGCCCGGGCGGUUCGCGAAAACGACAAGCAGCGUUUUACGCUCAGCGACGACGGCAACCGCAUUCGGGCCAACCAAGGUCAUUCGAUCAAGGUUGAUCUGGAACUAGCGCCCCUGGAACCACCGCCGCAGGUGUUCCACGGCACGGUUGCCCGGUUCCUCGAUUCGAUCCGCCAGCAGGGUUUGGUUCCCGGCACCCGACAACAUGUUCAUUUGUCGGCCGAUGAAAAGACCGCCCUGAUCGUCGGCAGCCGACGCGGAAAGCCGAUCGUGCUCGAAGUCGAUAGCGGUGCGAUGUCCCGCGACGGCCUCCCGUUCUACCGAUCAGCCAACGGCGUAUGGUUGACCGAUUUCGUACCCGCCCGGUAUUUAACCUUUCCGCUGUAG